CAGGUGGGUGUUGCGGAAGUGCGGGGGCGCGCGCGCGCGGGGUGGAUCUGGGCGGUGGCGGGCGGCGCUUGGUCACCGGUGGCUGCAACAGCGAUAGUAGGAGCGCGAGGUAGAGACUGGUGUAGGUGAUGCUUGCAGAGAUGGCUGAACAAGAACCCACCCCUGAGCAGCUGGCCCAGAUUGCCGCUGAAAACGAGGAGGAUGAGCAUUCUGUCAACUACAAGCCCCCUGCUCAGAAGAGCAUCCAGGAGAUCCAGGAGCUGGACAAGGAUGAUGAGAGCUUACGCAAGUAUAAAGAAGCCUUGCUGGGAAAUGUCGCCAUUGCUGCUGAUCCCACCAUCCCAAAUGUGGUGGUAACAAAACUGACCCUGGUUUGUGCUGCUGCCCCUGGCCCAUUGGAGUUGGACCUGAAAGGUGACCUGGAAAGUUUCAAGAAGCAGUCAUUUGUGCUGAAAGAAGGCGUGGAGUACCAGAUACAAAUAUCUUUUCUGGUGAACAAGGAGAUUGUUUCAGGGUUGAAAUACAUUCAGCACACAUUCAGAAAAGGAGUAAGAAUUGACAAGACUGACUAUAUGGUUGGGAGCUAUGGGCCACGUGGUGAGGAGUAUGAGUUCCUAACCCCCAUGGAGGAAGCCCCCAAAGGUAUGCUGGCCCGGGGCAGCUACAACAUUCGAUCCAAAUUCACAGAUGACGACAAGACGGACCACCUUUCCUGGGAAUGGAACCUGACCAUUAAGAAGGAAUGGAAAGAUUAACCCCUCCACAGCCAAAUCCCAAACGUUGCUCAGACAGUGGCUACAGUAGAAACCCCACCCUGUACCAAAGUGCUGGCAUUGGACACCCCUCCCCCCCACCCCUUUGCAUUUUUUAGCUCAUCAGGAAGACCUCUUGGCUCAGUGCCCCACAUGUUUCCUCCCAAGAAUCACUGUAAGAAAUUGACCAAACCUGCGCCAUCGGCCCCGAACGUGGAAGCAGGAGUGCUCCCUGUCCUCCUCCUGACCUUGGGGGUGGGGAAGAGGGGGCUUGUCCCACUGCUGCUUCUGACCCAUUGGAAUACACUUCAAGCAGGUGCUCAAGGAGAAGCAAUGUUCCUGCCUGCUGGGGAGAGGAUUUGGAGGCACUCCUGGCUCUGGGGAAGGGGUGAGGUGCUGAGAAUCAUGAUUCCCUGCAGAGCUGCUCCAAUUGUUUCCAGGCUUGAUCAUGUCCAUGGCCUGCCCUAUCCCCUCUGGGGUCAUGAGCUGGCUCUCCAUUUGUGAUGGUUUCCUGUAACCAUGAUGCCUUAGUGUGUAUGUGUGUGUGUGUAACAUGCAUCCUCCAGGGAGGGAGCCUCUAACCUUGUUACACUUUUUUUAUAUGCGCGCCUAUCCCGUCCAUACACACCCCUCCCAUCUCCUGUUUUGCAUUUUCUGGCCAGAACAUCAUCUUGCUGAUGUCUCCAAGGGCUUGAGCAGGGUUCAGGCUGCUACCCUUGCAGGCUCCCAGUGGCCAGAGAAGCGCUUGCUUCCAGUUAGAGAGAGGGAGCCUGUUGAGGGCCAUAGAAAUGACUAGUGCCACUGUCAUCCCCGUGUUAAUUCUUUCACACCCAAACUGGCUGCAGCACACUGGAGUCCCAGAGCAGCCUCUGGGUUUCAGGGCUGGAAGAUGGAUUGGCCUAGCUCAGCUGCUUCUCACCUGAUCUCAACAAAGAGCUUGCAAUGGACAAAUAUUCAAGAGCAGUGAAUGCCUUAUGUAUCUGUUCUGCCUUUGAAAUCGCGUGCCUGGCCUGUCAGUAUUUAUUAUUGCCUUGAUUAGACUCCUCUCCUUCAUGAUACCCGAGCCGCCCAGCACCCCAGCGAAACCCCACUGACCUGGCAGCUAAGGAAGUGGGAGGCUUGUAGGGCCUCAUAACCUCCUCUGCUUGCCGGGUGGGCAUGUUGCAGCUCAGCAGCCCUCCUUGGUGGGCUACCGUGAGUCCCAAAGUUGUGCUAAACCUGGGACCAAGUGCGUGUGGUUCUCUUUCGUAGCUAUGUCUCUGCCCCAACUCCUGUUCCCCACUCAGGUCCCUAGGAGACUUUUGUUGAUUUAAUUUGAUGCAUUUUUGUCUGUAAAUCUUAGAUCUGGAUUAACAGGUUUGGAAUCAUCAGCCUCCCCUUUUCUGACAGUUAAAUAAAAUCUUGAAACCGA